AUGGAGACCUACCCACAGUUUGGAUCAGUGUUUCAUGCUGCGGUUAAUUCCGAGAGGUCGAACAUACUGCAUAGUCUCAAGGACUGCGCCAGUUUGAUCUUCUCUUCGUUAAAACUCGACCCGACCGUCUUCACUGACGAGGCUGCCAAAAAGAAGGAGAAUGCGCAACUCCUUGCUCUCUUAAAGAAGGAUGUCGGUGGCAAAAAGUAUACAUGUCUAGCCCCCAUUCUGUUCAUGGAUCCUUCUGCUCUAGUUCCAGACGCCUUCCUCAAAACACCAGUCAUGGCCAAGAUCAUCCGAGUUGAAAUAUUCGGGAAGGCUUCGCUGUCUGGGAAGACCAAAGGUCAUCCGAAGGCCAGGGGUCAGCGUUGGUCUACGCAGUGUGUCACAGAAUGUCUGAUCGCAGGUGCUGCUAUUGUGGCGCGUUUCUUGUUAAUGCAUGAUCAAGAGCUCACAGCAACCGGACCAGCCACGAAAAUUGAUUAUGCGCAAGACUUUGAUUUUUACUUGGAGCGACUAUUCAAGCGCAGCCCAUGGGCUACGAGUGUGAUCAACUAUUACAACCAGGAGGUUUUCGGCACGAGCUCAGUCCUAGCUACUAGUGGUACCCCUACUCCACCCUCUGCCUCCCAACCUCACACCUGGGAAGACGACUUCUUACAGCAGUUAGAAGAUCCUGCCUCCGCACCACAAACCAUCCCCAUUCCCGCACCACAACUUCUGUCAUCUUCACACAUCACUUAUGCUCCGACUUCUGCGAGUCGUGCUGACAUGAAUGCAGUCGCCACUGUCAACUACCAGACUGCAAUGUCUAUCAGAAAUCCGGGAGGGCCCGCCACCACCACUCAGCUCCAACUCAAAGUUGACAUUGGUGAGCUCUCGCUGGAUGGCGCUAGAACUGACUUGGCGCCAUCUGCAUCCAAGGGUGUGGACUUGGACGUGGUCCCUGUUGUUCCUUUGGCUCCUCCUCCAGCACUCAAGCGUGUUACACGCAAUGGUGGUGCCAAACUGAGGAAGGUGUCGGGGAGGAAGUAA